GAUGGCUAUUGAUAUAUCUCAAUUAGGCUGUGCAUGUUAAGUUAAAUAUAAACUGAAAUCAUCCAAACCAUUUUCAGACUGACACAAACUUAUCCGUUACUCCCUAACGUUCCCUCGCUGUGCAGUGUAUGGUUGUACUAGAGGCUGGUCCUCAAAACGUUCUUCUCGUCUUCCGAGCUGGUCUCGUCCAUCUUUUUUUCGCAAGCGCUACCACUGUCCAGGAUGCCGGCCUACGACGCAUUUCGAAAUGCUCUUGUGAUACGUGACGCAAAAACACUAUCCGUCAGCGAAUUUUUGGAACACCCCGACUAUCGUCAGAUCGCAUCUUUCUUUUUAGGUUGGGUUUUUAUUUGUAGCCUACUAUGCAUCGUGACCUCGCCAGUAACGUGUCACCUAUAUCGAAUGUGCUACAAGGCCUUUGAUGAGCGAAGGUGUCUGCAGCUAGAUGCAGACUUUCGCAUCGGACAUGACACUCUUUGGAGCAAUUCGGAGAAGCCUCCCAUGGACACACUUUUCUGGGAUGAUCGAAAUUCUAGCAUUGAAGAAAACUCUGCUCUUGUCUUAUUACUUUCUUUCUGUUUCGCUUUUGCGAGCGUGGCCCACUUUUCGUCCUUGCUGUCAUUCAAUUCUAAUAGUGGAGCUUCUGCUUGUGCAUUUAUUAUUGCACUGGGAGGCAUUUCUACCGCUUGUGCUCGUUUCAUGGGCUUGAUUAUCCUAAAUAUUGAUCUACGAAAAUUCGAGCUAUGGCGGUGGGAAAUAUAUUUGGCUUGGUUUUGGCUUUUCGUUGCUGGAGGUUUCGUGGUUGCAACAUGUGCUAUAAGCGCAGGAACAGUCACAUAUGUACUACAGCUCGACACGUACUUGUGCUACAGGACAAGCUACCUUCCUACAGCCUUGACCAUGUCUGCAAUGUUCAUGAUCCUGGAGCUCUACAUGAUCGGCAGACUAUUGUCCUUUAUUGCUCCGCCAUUCCUCGAGUUCAGGCAUAGGAUUGGAGCAGUGACAGAUACGAGGGUACUUCGCGUCCUAUCGCUCUUGCUCUUUGACAUCUUGAACUUGGUACCUGGUGUGAAGGUGAUAGGUAUCGUUGGUGAAUUCGUUCCAUUCAGUAUAGGGGCUCUCAUUGUGCUAGGCAUCGAUGUUCCAAAAACAUCAAAGGAGACCAAUCCUUGGCGAACCGAUGCCAGUACCCAUGAGCCUUCAAACAGUGCACAAAGUUAUGUUCCUGGCCACCCGUUCGCUGCCUCAACGGACUUCGCAACUACUCAGACCUACCGUACUUCUAUUGCGUCGUCGAUAUUGUCCGAUCUUCACAGUUACAACACUGCCGCUAGUAGUUUCCAGACUGGUACUGGUACUAGUACUGGUGUGGUCAGGGUUGCCUCGAGAUUAAAGUAUACCCAAUCUCGCCCCCGUUUACUCAAUCCGGCUGAGACCCACAUUUCACCGGUUUCAAGUCAUGGUUACGACGGAGCUGUGGAAGAGUACACCAGGACCCGUUUCAGACCACCCUCUCAUGCUGCUAGUGUUGGUCACAUGCCUGAUCAGAAUGAUUACACGAAUAGCUUAGAGGGCCGUCAAGAUCUGCCUACCCGUAGAGGUCUCCCGAUCAGGCCUCGCAUCAAGAUCGCCACUUUGCAACCGAGGCAGCCCUUUUCAGCACUGAUAUCACCACCAAUAUGUGCCGAGUCUGUGCUCCACGGGUCCGAUAUCAUCGGAGUGUCUGACUUUCGUGGCAAAACGAAUAUUGCCAAGAGACGUCCCCGUCGCAGCACGCUGCCAUCUGACCUCAGUUUCUUGUUGCCUUUGGAGAGUGCACCGGCUCCAGUUGUCCACUUCCAUUGUAACAGUAUAAGUACUUCUCCGCCCUCUGAUGAAAAGCCUUGGGGCUCAGGGGAUCAACGUGAUCGGUGGUUGACGUUUGGGCAGAGCAGUUUCUCGCCUACCAGGCGAAGGACUUUUGUUGACCAAUCUCCUCGAUCAUUCAUUACCAGAAUAUCCCAUACCGAACAAUCAGUCACCAAUGUCCCACGUUCUUCAAAGCUGCUCACCCCGAGCCCCUUUGGAGAGCAGUCUUUCGACAUUCUUAGUCUUGCUGCGUCCCAGCGAUCUAUUCGUAGACUUCCAUCGCUGAAGGUGCAAGAGGAAGCGGAAGAAGAUAACAGCCCUGUUGACCCUUUCAUCUCAACAUUUGCAGCGUAUUGUCGUGCCACUCCAGCUGGCGGAAUGCGCAUUCGUGGACCACGUCCCCCUCCGAAGGUAUUCUCUCAAACACCACACCGAUAA